UUCCACCUGAUCCUCAUCUCUGCUGAAUUACAGAAUCAUUUUGAAGCCGGUUUCAGAGCAGAGUCGACAUGGAGAGAAGAUUUGCUGUAGCUUUCCUACUUUUUCUGCCUCUUCUGAGUGUCAGCUGUGUCUCCAAUCCAAAAACUACAGUCUCCUGGUGUGUACUAUCGGAUGCCGAGGAGCAGAAGUGCCUGGAUUUAGCCGGCAAUGCUACGGUCAAGAAUGUGAGGGGAUCGCUGUUUUGUGUCCGUGGCCUGAACACCAGAGACUGCAUGGAGAAAAUCAAGAAUGGAACGGCAGAUGCAGCUUCAAUGUUUGCGGAUGAUAUCUACGCUGCGGGUCUCUGCCAUGGUUUGGAGCUCGCAGCAGGAGAGUCUCACAAUGGAGUCGAUGGAAUCAGGUACUUCGUGGUGGCAAUGGCCCGGCGCUCCUCUUCAGACUUGUCCUUGCUGGAGAUGCAUGAGCGCAGCUCCUGUCACCCUGGCAUCCGCACCACAGUGGGAUGGACGGUUCCCAUCGGCUACUUGGUUAACACAUCCCAAAUCAGCGUAGGAGAGCAGUGCAAUUUCCCCAAAGCGGUGGGGAACUUCUUUGGUUACAGCUGCGUACCUGGCGUUCAGGACCCUCUGCAUGAUCCCAGAGGCAACAACCCAAAGAACCUAUGCGAGGCCUGUAUAGGAGACGAGAAUGACAGACACAUCUGUGCCAACAACUACAGGGAGAGACAUUACGGAGAGGCAGGAGCCCUGAGGUGUGUUGCUGAAAACCUCGGCGAUGUUGCGUUUGUCAAACACACAACGGUCUUUGACAAUUUAGAUGGUAGGAACCAGGAAUCCUGGGCCUUGGACUUGGAGCUGGAGGACCUCAAGCUGCUGUGUCCAGAUGGGACAGAGGCAGGUCUGGAUGAGUAUCUGCAAUGCCACCUGUCAGCUGUCCCUGCCAACGGCGUGGUGGUGCGCAUAGAGGAUAAGUGCCGCGUCUGGAAAUACCUGGAGCGUUUACAGAAUGUGUUUGGCAACGCCACAGAGGGUUUCAGCCUGUUCAGCUCGGCAGGCUACGGCCAAUCCGAUCUGCUGUUCAACGACGCCACCCACCACCUGCAGAGAGUUCUGGGUAGUUACACCUCUUGGCUGGGCCCCAGUUACACCACCAUACUGCAGGCCUUCGAAUGUGAGGGCUUCUGCUGAUGGAAGAGAGGAAAGAUAUCCAGCGCAUCAACUUCGACCCCAUCCUGGUGUCUCCAUGCUAGUGUUCUUCCUUCCCGCCCUGCCAUCUGUGUCCCUCUGCUUCGCCAUCAUUUUCUUUUGUUUUCUGUUGCUCUGCAUUUUACAUUUGUUUUCUUCCUACAUUCCACCAGUCAUCCCUCUUAUGUUAUCAUUGCCCUCCACCAGCUUGAUGUGUUGUCCAAUGCAGCUGCUGCGAGGAAAGGACAAUGCCAAGAGCAGCUGAUCAGCUAAAAUCCAUAAAACAUGAUGGGAGACAGAGUAAAAAAUAUGAAGUUAUUGCAUAGAAAUAUAUGAUCAUAGUGUAGAAAAAACAGUUGUGGUUCCUGUGUUAAUUAAAGACAAUCUCUCCCCCUUUUGUUCAAUCAAUGUUUGAAAUGGCAAUAACUGAAUGUGUCGUUUAGAAAUCAUCUGAACACCACAAAAGCGUCCUGCUAACUGUUCCAAUCGUCUGUCUGUUGGGAAAUUUAAUCCUCUUUAGUCUAAGCUUCAGCACCACCACCCUCCCACCUCCUUCUAACAGGGUCCGUCUCUGGCACUGAACAACUGGGUGCUAUUAACGUUGACAUUAGGAGUCUCAGUUACUGUAACAGUGUGUGUCUGCACAUGUGUGAGUGUGUGUGUUUGUGUUUGAGAGAAGUAUACAUGCUUUCCCACAGCCAUUAUUGCCCUAAUUGGCAGUCUGGUAUAUUUUAUAUCGCUGGUGUGUGACAGAGGAAAUAUGUGUGAGUGUGCCGAUGUGUUUCUUUUGAUAGGGUUGCUUCUCUCCCAUGGCUUGUGUAGCUCACCGCUUUGGAUCAGUGCUUUCUCACGUCUGGCAUGGUAGGCUGCACCGUGCCAGCACACUGUGUAUUGUAACACUGCCCGGCUUGGAGGAAGGACAUUGAGGCUUGCUGCACCUCCAGUGACAACUGAGGGAUUCUUGACUUUAAUACAUUUUCUAUCACUUUUCAUCACCUGGAUUUCCUCAGACUUACUCUUAAAGUUUGCCUCCUUUGUUUUUUGGUCCAAGAGUACAAUGCCUUGCAAAAUUAUUCAAAACCCUUUGAACUUUUCCACAAUCUGACAAAGUUACGAACACAAACUUCAAUCUAUUUUAUUGGGAUUAUAAGAAUAAGACCAGAACAAGUAUUUUCUAUUUGUGAAGUGGAAAGUGAGCAUUUGUAUUCAGCUUCUCUAAGUCAAGACUUUGUAAAAUAAUAAUUUGCUGCAACUAGAGCUGGAUAUGUCUCUGCCACUUAAAAAAAUUAAAUUUCAGUCCAUUCUUCUUUGCAAAAUAGCUAAAGUGUAGUCAGACUGGAUGAAAUGCAUCUGUGUUCAGGGUAAUUUUCCUGCUAGAAGGCCAAUCUCUGACAUUCUGAAAUUUCACAAUGUUUUUUACAUCGUUGCUCGCUGAGGGCGACAUUCAUGCAACAACCACCACUGGCACCAUCCAUUCACCUUUCGACUGUGAUGAGCUUUCCUCUCCCUGCUGGAGAAUAGCAUCCCCACAUUAUAAUGCUGCCACUACCAUGUUUCACAGCAGAGAUGGCAAUGUGACAUGUGCAGUGUUGGUUUUGCAGCACAUAUUGUUUUACAUGUAGGCCAAAAAGUUCAAUUUAGGUAUCUGACAAGAAAACAACCUCUAAACCAUUGCAGAACACUGUAUUUAUACAGUGUUCUGUAAUUAAUUAAUUAUCAAACGAUUAGGUGACUUAUGAAGUAAAUUGGUUGCAUCGUGUUUUAUUAAGGGGUAUCAGAUACAGAAACUGCUGCCACACAUUUUUUAUCUUUAUUGUCUUCAACUUAAAAAAUAGAAAUAAAAUAGAUUGAACUUUGUCACUGCAUCAUAAAAUUAGGAAAAGUUUAAGAGGUAUGAAUACUUUUUAGUGGCUCUCUAUAGCAGAAUGUUAGUGCGAAUAGGCAGCAGGAGCAACUUACAGUAUUAUACUGUAGGUUGGGCUUGCCACCAAAUAUUAGUCAUUUAUGGUGAUCAUUUAUAAUUCUGUCAGGUUAUAAUCAGUCAGGUUGUCCAACUAAAAAUUAAAUAACUUAUCACGUCUUAGUGCCUGCCUGAACUGGUUUGUAAAUUUCAGCUUUUUUAGUUACGUCUUGUUUCCCACACUUCAGCCAGUUCAGAUAUAAACUGGAUGACGUUAUUUUCAUCAGACUGUGCUUUUUGAACACUCCUUGCAUGAAGCAUCUGCAGCUGGCCCAGUUGCAUAUUUUCCAAGGAGCUCUGUUUUGAAAGAAAAAUCUAAUGCCUUUAAAUGUAGCCAUUUGUGUUUCGCUUACAUCCAUAUUCAACUUGGGUUUGUACCACUGGUGCUUUUUGUUACUACUGCUUCAAACAAGACUUAAUGUAAAUACAUCCUCUGUGCCUGAAUGAGUAGAGCUGCAAACUUCCCUUUUUCAAUCAAUUAAAUGAUGAUGAAAAAAAUAA